CCCUUCCUCCCGACACACUUCACCCCACACGCGGAUGUGCUUGUUGCAGAUAUCCUUGUUUCUGGUGAAUGUUCUUCUUGGCCAUCUCGAAAUGGAGAAAAUUGCUUUUACCAUACACUCUUGGCGUCUGUGGGUCCUCCUACAUUCGACGGAAACUAACUGUGUAGAUACCGCCUUCGCUGCAAAACAGAUCAUACGUUCGAGUCACAGGCGCUUCAGAGCCUCCAGCUUCAUCGGCUCCUCAAGGCUCAACUAGGCCUCCAGCUUCAUCGGCUCCUCAAGGCUCAACUAGGCCUCCAUAUCCCAUCACAACAAUCAGAAUGCACCCCGAUUCCGAACCCCCAUCGGUGCGGCUGAAGUGCUUCAAAGGCACCGCAAGUUAUCAUUACAUCAGUGGAGCUCUGCGUAUUUGAACGGCAGACCUCUAACUACAGGCAGCUAUCCUCACUGCAAUCCCCCAAACAUGGCGGCCAACAACAGCACUCCUCCAAAUGACAAUCCCAUGGCUAAACCAACUGUCGGCAGCCUGUGCGAGCUGAUGAUACUAGACCACCGAUACGACAAAAACGGCAAGUUGACAGUGGUUCCGAAGCGCGAUAACCCGGAGGCGAAAGCAGCCUCUGCGUUCUCCGAGCAUGCUCUAGUACAUCGAAGGAUUUUCAAUGUCAAGCAGGAGCUCGUCUCCACUAAAGUCGAGAUCAACUCUCCAUUCAUCCUUCGAGUUCUCUCCGAGAUUGUCAAGUACUAUCCCGCCCAUCCUGAGCAAUUCACCGAGUCCUUGACCAUCGAAUCCCCGUUCAAGCUGCUGUAUCAUCAUUGGCAAGAACUGGCAGACUAUCGAAAGAAUGCCGACGACGAAACGAUCAUGCAUCUCAGAUUUCUACUAGCUUUUAUGGACAGCGAACUACAAGAUGACAAGAAGAAGGCAGAGAGACUUGUGGCAGCCGGCCACAUUUCCUUUUCGCUUUUGUGGACCAUCUUCCGACCGGGCUCUCUCGUGCUGCGGGGCGACAAGCCUGAGAACUCACAGUUGUUCCGACUCGAACAGACGGAGUACGAACAAGACAGCGAGGGAAGAUAUCUUAGUCUCACUACGAGCCGUACCAAUUACGAUGGGAUAGACACUGGCCGCGAGGGCGAGAUUAUCGAGCUCCGCGAGAGCAAUAUCGGUCGAGCCCAAGUGAUUACCAGAUUGGAUGCGUAUCCUUUGACCUUCGCCAAAGACCAGGAAGGCAUGAUCGACAGGAUGACUAAACGAGGCGAACAUUUCAUGGCGCUGCGAGGAAUACAUGUUCGGCGCUAUAGAGGACAGCUACAGCUACUACACAAGCCACCACUAGAGUUCUUUUCUCCGGAAAGAAAACACUACGCAGGAACCUUCAACCCACAUACAAUCCAAGGCCGAAUCAUAGUAGACACCAAAACCUUCAUAGAGGAGAGUCCUUACUAUGAUCCCUAUCUUUUCGAAGACGAGCUGCAGGCCGAAGAAGAAACUCCAAAUGGUUCCAUGACGAGCCACAUCAUUAGGUUUUGGCCAAGCAAUGAUCCUAUGCUCUGUCCUCCGUGGGUUCUGGGCUUCUGUCCUUCUUUGAAGCAGUGGGGUAGAUUCUAUAUCGACCGGAUCGAGGACGCAAAUUGGAAUCCGAAUUCCUUUGACACACUUAUUUUGCCUGAUGAACCAAAGCGGGUCAUCCGCUGUUUGGUCUCAUCCCACCAGUACCCCAAUGAUGGUGCAAGAGAUCAACAGGACCUCAAAGGAAAGGGCCUCGUCGUAUUGCUUCAUGGAUCUCCCGGAACAGGCAAAACACUCACGGCUGAAUCCGUGUCCGAAUAUACGAAACGCGUACUCAUCGUCAUUUCGAGCGGUGAGCUUGGCUCUACGGUGUCACAUAUCGACCAGAACCUGAGGAUGUUUCUACAGUACGCGGCAUUGUGGAAAGCCAUCGUACUGAUCGAUGAAAGUGACGUCUUUCUGGAAGCAAGGCUGACCGGUGUCUCCAACCGGUUAGAGCAGAAUAGUCUGGUUGCCGUCUUCCUACGCCAUCUAGAAUACUUCCAAGGAAUCAUCUUCCUCACCUCAAAUCGCGGCAGCGGCUUCGACCCUGCAAUCAAGUCUCGCAUCCACCUUUUACUCCAGUUCGCUCCCCCCGACCACGUCACACGGCGAGCACUAUGGAGCCAAAUGCUCCAACGACUUUCCCCCGACGAAUUCGACAUCGAUCUGGAGGAUGCACUUCGGAUAGUGCAGCAUGCCAAGAUGAACGGCCGCGAGAUUGCAAACGCGGUGAACACCAUCCGAACUCUGGCAAGAGAGGAGCAGAAGAAGAUCUCCGAGGAGCACUUUGUCAUGUUCUUGGAGGUGUGGGAGUGUUUUGAUAAUGUGCAGCAGGUAGGGAAGGGAACGAUCGGAAAGGGCGGGAAAGAAAUGAGGAACACGGAGGUGAAGCAGGUCUGUUCGGAGUGUGGAUGUAAUUGCAAGGAGGUUGCGACUAUGCUGGUGAGAAGGGGAAGCCUGUUGUAAUUUCAUUUGGCCUAGGUAUCUAGAUGUCGUCAAUAAGAUGGAGCCGUUUUGCGUGCC